UGUUUAACUCCGGGCCCAUGCUCACCUGCUUCACUUGAGGCUUUAGGUCCCGGUCCCACACCUGACGGCAAAAUGUCUGACAGAGGAGCCUUCGAUACCAACGUGGUGACCCUCACCAGGUUCGUCCUGGAGGAGGGCAGGAGGGCCCACGGCACAGGUGAGCUCACCAACCUGCUCAACUCCAUCUGCACAGCCGUGAAAGCCAUCUCGACAGCUGUCAGGAAGGCUGGGAUCGCUAACCUAUAUGGCAUUGCUGGAAGCACCAACGUAACAGGGGACCAGGUGAAGAAACUGGACGUCCUGUCCAACGACCUGGUCAUCAACAUGUUGAAGUCCUCGUUCUCCUCCUGCGUGCUGGUGUCAGAGGAGGAUGAGAAGGCCAUCGUCGUGGAACCAGACAAGCAGGGAAAAUACAUUGUGUGCUUCGAUCCACUGGACGGCUCCUCGAACAUUGACUGCCUCGUCUCCAUCGGAACUAUUUUCGCCAUCUACAAAAAGACCACAGACGGUGAGCCAUGUGAGAAGGAUGCUCUGCAGCCUGGAAGAAACAUCGUGGCAGCUGGUUACGCUCUGUACGGCAGUGCCACCAUGAUGGUCCUCUCCACCGGCCAGGGAGUCAACUGCUUCAUGCUCGACCCCGCGAUCGGUGAGUUCAUCUUGGUGGACCGAGAUGUGAAGAUAAAGAAGAAGGGAAAGAUCUACAGCUUGAAUGAGGGAUAUGCACAGCAUUUUUAUCCAGACGUGACAGAAUACCUACAAAAGAAGAAAUACCCAGAGGAUGGUUCGGCUCCAUAUGGCAGCCGAUACGUCGGUUCAAUGGUAGCUGAUGUUCACCGUACUUUGGUGUACGGAGGAAUCUUUUUAUACCCCGCUAACACCAAGAGUCCUAAGGGCAAGCUGAGACUGUUGUAUGAGUGCAACCCCAUGGCCUUCAUCAUGGAGCAGGCAGGAGGCAUGGCCACCACAGGAUCCAUGAACGUCCUGGACAUCCAGCCCACCAGCAUCCACGAGCGAGUCCCCGUCGUCCUGGGAUCGCCUGACGACGUGCAGGAGUAUCUUGCCAUCUGUAAAAAGCAUAAAAAAUGAGCAAUCAAGAGGCUCAAUCAAGACAUUCAUUGUUAGCAGCUCUCCACUCACUCCUUCAGCUGCACUGAUGAAGGAACCAGGAACCUCACUGGGCCUGAGAAGUCUGCCUCACACUGUGCUAAUGCCAUCGUGUUGGUGUAAGUGUUAUUUGUAGAGACUUACCCUGUGUUUUUUAAAAUAAAGACAACUGAAAAACA